AUCGUUUCUAUAUCUUCAUCGAAAUCAAAAUCAAAACUCACAACCGAUUUAGUUCCACAUCGCUGUUCUAAUAUAACCACCAAAUCACCGGCGACAAUGUCUGGACGUGGUAAGGGCGGUAAGGGAUUAGGAAAGGGAGGAGCUAAGCGUCACAGGAAGGUUUUAAGAGAUAACAUUCAGGGCAUUACCAAGCCUGCCAUUCGUCGUUUGGCUCGUAGAGGUGGUGUGAAACGUAUCAGUGGAUUGAUCUAUGAAGAAACCAGAGGUGUUUUGAAGAUCUUUCUUGAGAAUGUGAUUCGUGAUGCUGUUACCUACACUGAGCAUGCAAGGAGGAAGACGGUGACUGCUAUGGAUGUGGUUUAUGCUUUGAAAAGGCAAGGAAGGACUUUGUAUGGUUUUGGAGGUUGAAAUAUGUCUGGCCGUGGAAAGGGAGGCAAGGGAUUGGGAAAGGGGGGAGCAAAGCGUCACCGUAAGGUUUUGAGAGACAACAUUCAGGGCAUUACGAAGCCUGCAAUCCGCCGUUUGGCUCGUAGAGGUGGUGUGAAGCGUAUCAGUGGAUUGAUCUAUGAAGAAACCAGAGGGGUUUUGAAGAUCUUCCUUGAGAAUGUUAUUCGUGAUGCUGUUACUUAUACUGAGCAUGCAAGGAGGAAGACGGUGACUGCCAUGGAUGUGGUUUAUGCUUUGAAAAGGCAGGGGAGAACUCUAUAUGGCUUUGGAGGUUAGGUUAUCGUUCGAUUGCAAGAAUAAUUGUAGACCUUGGCUGUAGAUCUGGAUUCUCCAAGAAUGAUUGUGUUUGUCCGUUCUUAAUCAUUUGAGACAAUGAAUUGAAGAAAUAUAAUUUCUUAGUAUGUCCACUAUCUUCUCUUUCUGUCACAAACUACGAAAUUUUAUAGCGAUUUUCCGAAUUA